CCCCGCUCUGACGUGGGUGCCCCCCCUCUCCCAGCCUGGAUUAGUGGCAGCUUGGCCUGACUCUCCGGGGCUCCUUCCCCGCCCCCGCCUGCCGCCCUCCCAGGGCAGGGGGCUACUCCAGGAGGGGCACUGUGCUGCCCAGGGUGCUGGAGGAGGAAACCGGCGGAGCAGCUUCCCCACUCUCAGUUGCGCGUCUGGCGAUGGCGAUCAGAGGUCCUGCUGCGCUCCCUGCCUCGCUCUUGCUCCACUAGCCGCGCCGCCCGCCGCACUCCCACCGCGCCCUCGCUGGUGCCUCUCUCCCGGCUCCCGGGAUCGGCUCCCUUCCAGGCACGAUCCCCUCCCCUUGCCCCCGGCAGUCCCCCCACUCCAUCUACGACCCGGGGCGCGCGCUCCCCCCGGCCCGGCUCCCGCUCUCCCUCCGGGGGCCGCCCGCUCCCUGACCCCGGUCCGGCCCUCCCAGCGGCGCAGCACGGAGUCUCGGCGUCCCAUGGCGCAGCCCACGGCCUCGGCCCAGAAGCUGGUGCGGCCGAUCCGCGCCGUGUGCCGCAUCCUGCAGAUCCCGGAGUCCGACCCCUCCAACCUGCGGCCCUAGAGCGCCCCCGCCGCCCGGGGGAG